AGGAGUGAGCCGAAUACCAUGAGCCAUGGGCCAGUGAGGAUGUGGAUGGCGAAAGACUUCAUGUUGGGGAGACAGCCGGGAGUAGCAUGUCCGGUGAACACCAUUUUUGUGAAGUCCGAUCCUGGUUUGUUCGGAGAUGGGUUUGGAUUCCUAGGAACGGAAAUGGUUCAAUAUAUAGAAAUAGGAUACAAGUGUAAGGAUGGAUCCGAGGAUUUUGCAGGUUCAUCCGAAGUGAAGACGCGGACUAAAGAAGGAUCUCUGGUUUGGUACAAUUACAUUGACACCGUCUGUGGAAAUCGAACUGAAAGCUCUCUUGUUGCUCUCUCAUCAUGGUUAACACUCGAUCAGUCUGAGCUGGAAAUCAAUCUCAACCUCUUAGACAAGGUCAACUCCCCAACAACCUUCCAUCUCACCUCUCACCUCAGAUCCCAAAUCUAUUCCCUCAUGUUGAAUAUGCAAAAGGAAGAGAUAAAAACCAACCUCACACCUUCACUCCCACCACCAGCCAGAAUUAUGCACAUGAUUAGGGGAGGGAGUGCACUAAAUAUUAUGUACUUUCAUUGUUUUGAGAGUCUCGAGCUGGAUCCAGCUUUGUUGCAGAGGUACGAUGGUCCCAUCUAUGGAUUCAAUAACCAACCUAUCCAGGUAGAAGGAGUCCUUACUCUCAACGUUGCUUUUGGGAGUGGCCGAACUUAUGUUACCCUUUCAGUUCGGUUUCUAAUUGUUAAAAUGGCAUCCUCUUUCAAUGUUGUUAUUGGACGACCCACAUUAACCGAGAUCCGAGCUGUGGUCUCUCAAUCUCACAUUUGCAGGAAGUUCCCAACUCCCAUGGGAAUAGCAACAUUACGAGUAGACAACCGGCCAGAGGAUGAAACUAGAGCCACCCCAGUUGAGUGUGUAGAGGAAGUGCAAAUUGAUGACAGAGAUCCAAACAGGAAGACACAAAUUGGAACUCGGUUGAACCCAAAGGAUAGAGCAGAGCUCAUAGCUCUCCUCCGAGCUAACAAAGAUAUCGGCAAGAACCUAGAGGUUUAUGUGGACGACAUCAUGGUGAAGAGCCUAAAGGCAGAAGAUCAUCUAGCCGACCUCGGUGAAACAUUCAAUAACCUCAAAAGGAACAAAAUGCGGUUGAAUCCAGCAAAAUGCAUCUUCAGCGUAGAAUCUGGGAAAUUUCUAGGCUUCAUGGUUUGUCAGAGGGGGAUUGAGGUUAACUUGAAAAAGAUCAAAGCAAUAGCCGAGAUGGAACCACCAAAGUCGGUAAAAGACACACACAGAUUAAUUAAGAAGGUGGCAGCUUUUCACAGAUUCAUUUCAAAGUCAGUAGAUAAGUGCCUGCCAUUCUUCAAGAUCAUGCGAUCAGUAGCCCAGAAGGAUGAAUCUGGCAAACAAAAGAAGUUUGAAUGGAACCAAGAGUGCCAAGCUGCAUUUGAUGAGUUGAAGUCUUAUCUUAGUUCACCACCUCUGCUGACAAAGGCUAUGGAGGGAGAAAUUCUUUAUUUGUACCUCAAUAUUUCUGAUGAAGCAAUCAGUUCAAUGCUGGCAGAUUCGCUUUUCAAGUUCGCCUCUGAUGGCUCCUUAAGCUCAAAAUCAGUUUUCGUGGAAGUUCCAGAUGAAGCAAGCUUCAUGAAGCCAAGAAUGAUGGAGAUCAGCAUAGACCCGGAUACACCGAGCUCGACAGAUCCCAUUACCUCCUUUUUACAAGACAGGUUAGUGCCUGAAGACAAGCAACAGGCAAUGAGGUUGAGGAAGAAAGCAUCUCAAUAUACACUCGUCGAUGGAGUCCUCUAUAAGAGAUCUUUCUCACUCCCUCUUCUACGAUGUUUGAAUCCUUAUGAAGCUGAGAAUGCAAUUCGGGAGAUGCAUGAAGGUGUAUGUGGAAGCCACGUUAGUGCUAGAACCCUGGCUCACAAAGUCCUCAGACAAGGAUAUUACUGGCCGAAUAUGUAUAAAGAUGCUACUCACUUUGUUCAGAGAUGCCCGAAGUGCCAAUUUUUCGCACAUCUGACUUACCGACCGACAGAAGAGCUCACCAACUUGAUAGCACCAUGGCCAUUUGCUCAAUGGGGACUUGAUCUUUUGGGCCCAUUCAUGAAAGGGGUUGAAAGUGUAACCCAUCUGAUUGUUGGGAUUGUAACUGAUAAUGAUACCCAGUUUAACUACUCUUCAUUCAGGGAAUUCUGCUCUAAUUACGGGAUCAAACUACAAUUUACCUAUGUAUACCAUCCAGAGUCCAAUGGUAUGGUCACAUCUGUUAAUAAAGCUAUCCUGGAAGGAAUAAAGCCGAGGUUGGAACAACACAAGGCUAGGUGGGUAGACGAACUCAACAACAUCCUAUGGGCAUAUAGAACAACGAGGCGAACUGCCAUAGGUGAAACACCCUACCACCUGGCCUUUGGUACCGAAGCAGUUAUUCCUAUUGAAAUAAGAGUUCCAAGCUUCAAGGUAACCCAUUUCGAUGAAGGAGAAAAUGGACAACUGUUUCGAGAAAACCUUGAUCUGCUUGCGAGGUUAGAGAAGGAGCUUGACUUCAAACUCUAGUAUACAAACAAAAAUUAGCCAACUUC